GGUCGGAUGUACUUUAGGGUAACACCAGUCGACUUCCGCUUGUCAUUCAGCUGUACAGCGGGGUGCGUUUAAUCAGCCAUUCCAUAUCAGAAGCUGAUUAUCAUCAACGGACGCGAUGACACUUUUUCACUUUGGAAACUGCUUUGCCCUGGCUUAUUUCCCUUAUUUUAUCACAUACAAGUGCAGCGGCCUCUCGGAGUACAAUGCCUUCUGGAGAUGCGUCCAGGCUGGAGCAACGUACCUCUUUGUCCAACUUUGCAAAAUGUUGUUUCUCGCUACAUUCUUCCCCACGUGGGAAGGAGGAGCCGGCGUUUAUGACUUUGUUGGGGAGUUCAUGAAGUCCACAGUGGACCUGGCUGACCUGUUAGGACUCCAUCUAGUGAUGUCUCGUAACGCUGGCAAAGGAGAGUAUAAGAUCAUGGUCGCUGCCAUGGGCUGGGCCACAGCAGAGCUAGUGAUGUCGAGGUUUCUUCCUCUCUGGGUUGGCGCCAGAGGAAUCGAGUUUGAUUGGAAGUACAUCCAGAUGAGCUUCGACUCCAACAUCAGUUUGGUCCACUACAUCGCUAUGGCAGCUGUUGUGUGGAUGUUCACCCGAUAUGACCUCCCUAAGAGCUUCAGGCUGCCUGUUACGGUUCUCCUGGCUCUGUGUGUAUACAAGGCCUUUUUAAUAGAGUUGUUCGUCCAUAUCUUCAUGCUGGGCAGCUGGACGGUGUUACUGGUGAAAGCCGUGCUCACUGGCGCCAUCUCUCUCUGCUCACUCUUCCUGUUUGUCACGCUGGUUCACAGCAACUGAAGACAGCACAGCACCGACUACAGAUGCUUAGCAGUCUCCGUUGAAACGGCACAACAGAUGUUCACAAGUCUGAGUCUGACCUGUGAAGUCAGCUUAGGAAUGAUUGGUGCUGGCUAGCUGGAGUUGACUGACACGAUCCACCCACUGGUACAGCUACCGGUCCGUCGCGUUUGUUGUGACUGUUGCUUAUGAGCCCAUGAGGAAAAAAAGAUCGUUCUUAGGGCAAAUUUGUUUUUCUACUUUUCAGUCAAUUACUUGAUGGUAAAGGACCGACGUCAACAUCAGGAGACUUCUUCAGUGGGACUUGCUUGUGUUAGUUUUUAAAAAUGUGAAUUUUGUAUUAAUGUAACUACAAAUGAAUUGACACUUAAUAAAAAAAAACACAUUUCUUCUUUCUGUU